AUGGAGAGGGAGCAGGAAGAGAUGCAAUUCCUCGGGUUCUUCGGCAUGGUGAAAGAAUCCUUCAAGAUCAUCUUCACAUGGCGGAAAAUAUUCAGCCAGAUCACUCUAGCCCUCGUCCUCCCUCUCUCUUUCGUCUUCCUCGCCCACAUCCAAGUCUCCAACUUCCUCUACUACCGGAUUCAUCAUGAUGAGCGGAUGCUGAACCAUGUCCCAACCAACAGUUCCACGCAUGAUCGCCUCUCGGAACUCAUAACCACCGAGAAGAUCGAGUACUGGCUCCUCAUGAUCGCCUACUUCGUCUUCCUCCUCACCCUUGCCCUCCUGUCCACAUCGGCGAUUGUGUACACCAUCGCUUGUAUCUACACGGGCAAGGCUGUGACGUUCCAGAAGGUCAUGACCGUGGUUCCCAAGGUUUGGAAGAGACUCAUGGUCACUUUCGCGUGGAGCUUUCUCCUUGUAUUUUGCUACAACAUCAUCGCCUUUGCAGUUAUUUAUCUUAUGGUUACAACCUUUGAGUCUGGAGCGGUGUUGCUUCCGUGCCUGAUCAUUUUCUUGAUACUAUACUUGACGGGGUUCGUGUACAUCAGCGUCAUCUGGCACCUAGCGAGCGUGAUCUCGGUUUUAGAGGAAGAUUAUGGGAUCCGUGCUAUGACCAAGAGUAAGAUGCUCCUAAAGGGCAAGAUGGUCCCUGCAGUUGUGAUCUUCCUAUUGCUGACUCUCUCCUACUUCAUCAUCCAAAUCGUGUUCAAGAUCUUCGUGGUGUACGGGUUUACGUUAGCAGUAGAGAUUCGGCUAGUGAUCGGAACCAUCUGCCUCUUAUGCCUAUUGAAGUUGUUCCUCUUUGGCCUUGUCAUACAGACUAUCAUCUACUUCGUCUGCAAGUCCUAUCAUCAUGAGAACAUCGAUAAGUCCUCUCUAUCAGAUCAUCUCGAGGUUUACCUCCUGGCAGAGUACAUCCCUCUGAAAUCCAAGGAUGUCCAGCUAGAGGAAAUCUAG